AUUAAGACCAAUAUACAUUUUACAGUUUCGUGUAUAUAAUCGUUUCAAUACUUAUUUGUCGCUUGUUUCAUACUUGUACGUUAUAUUUUUUAAUUAAAACAGUUGAGUUUUGAAUCGUUAUCAUGUGUGAUAAUAUUGUAAAUAAUGUGCGACGAUUUUGUAGGAGGUUGGCUUACCCCAAAAAUUACGAAUCGAUGACAAAAUACGAGCACGCAGAUUUUACCGACGAUGACACCAGUAUAGGAAGUGUCCAUCUAACAGAAGGUAUAGGAAACAGUGCAAUCCGAUACCAUACGGGAAGUAGUAUGUGGCAUCGUCGAUCACUCCUAGAAAAAUCGCUUUUGAUUUUGGUAGGAACCCUUUUGUUUGUCGUAAUUGUUUUGGCCUUCUUGUUGAGCUCGGCAGAUAAAACCAUACAAGAAAGUAGGAUUAUAGACGUUGAAAGUUCAAAUCGUGGUACGACCCCUUGCCUGACCAAAAGUUGCGUACACAUUGCGAAUAUUAUGUUGCAAUCCAUGGACGACAGUGUUGAUCCAUGCGAAGAUUUUUAUUCGUACGCGUGUAAUGGAUGGAUAAAAAACAAUCCGAUUCCAGAAGGAAAAAGCACCGGUGACACAUUCAUGAAACUCAUUCAGGAGAACCAGUUGGUCAUCAAACACGUGCUAGAGCAGCCAAUCGGGAAUUUGAAAUCAAAAGCAGAACAAAAGGCCAAACUCUAUUACGAAUCGUGUUUGGACGUAAACGAUACCAUAGAAGAAUUGGGCGCAAAACCUUUGGUAAACCUAAUCAAAAAACUAGGCGGUUGGAACAUAACGAACAGUAAUUUUAAUGUGUCUUCUUGGACCCUACAAAACGCUAUGCAAAUAUUACAAAACAAAUACAACAUAGGAGCCCUAUUCUCGUACUUGGUGGGAGAAGAUGAUAGGAAUUCAUCCAGACAUAUUUUACAAAUAGACCAGAGUGGUCUCACGCUUCCCACAAGGGACCAUUAUCUGAACAAGACGAAAGAACAUUUAAAAAUCCUCAAGGCCUGUUUGGAAUACAUGACAAAGGUAGGAGUGUUGCUUGGUGGUGACCAUAACGAGACAGAAAAAAGUAUGAGAGCGGUCUUGGAGUUUGAAACUCAACUUGCUAACAUUACGACACCCGAUGAAUUGAGGAGGGACGAGGAGAGCAUGUACCAUCUAAUGACGAUCGCAGAACUACAGGAUAAAGCAGAUUUUAUAGACUGGAGGAACUUCUUCUGGGACGCCCUGCGAAAAGUGAAAAAGGAAAAACUGACCGACAAAGAAAAAGUGGUCGUAUACGCGCCUCAAUAUCUAGGAAACUUGUCGGCGUUAAUCAAAAGAUACGAGAACACCACGGAAGGGAAAAUAAUAAUCAACAAUUAUUUGGUGUGGCAGGUGGUGAGAACGUUUACGGGGUGUCUGUCAAAAGCUUUCAGGGAUGCAUACAAAGGCCUGAGAAAGGCCCUGAUAGGGUCCGAAGGGGGUGAAGAACCCCAAUGGAGAUAUUGCGUAACAGACACCAACAACAUGUUAGGGUUCGCCAUUGGAGCUAUUUUCGUAAGGGAGGUGUUUCAUAAAGAUUCGAAGGAACAAGCGGAAGUGAUGAUAAACGAAGUGAGAACAGCCUUCAAGAAUAAUUUCAAAAAUUUGAAAUGGAUGGACGCCGAAACACGGAAGGCUGCCGAAAUAAAAGCCGAUGCUGUCAGCGACAUGAUCGGUUAUCCUGAUUUUGUGUUGGACAGUAAUCAGUUGGACGAAAAAUUCGCCGAUUUAGUUAUUCGAGUCGACACCUAUUUCGAAAACAACAUCAAUCUGAUUCAAUACACGUUCAGGAAGAAUCACGAAAAACUAAACGAACCAGUUAACCGGACCACUUGGAGUAUGCCCCCUUACACUGUAAACGCUUACUACACCCCGUCCAAAAACCAGAUGGUCUUCCCGGCCGGAAUCCUCCAGAAGCCUUUCUACAGCUCUACGUAUCCACCUAGUUUGAACUUCGGGGCGAUUGGGGUCGUCAUGGGUCACGAACUGACCCACGGUUUCGACGACCAAGGACGGGAAUACGACAAAGACGGCAACCUGCACAAAUGGUGGAACAACAGGACCAUCGAGAAGUUCAAAGAGAGGACCCAGUGCGUUGCACAACAAUACAGUCGAUACAAAAUGAAUGGAAAGAACCUCAAUGGAAACAACACCCUUGGAGAAAAUAUUGCCGAUAACGGUGGACUAAAAGCAGCCUAUCACGCCUUCCUCGACCUGUCCAAAUCGAAAACCGAACCACCUCCGUUACCUGGACUAAACAUGACCCACAAACAGUUGUUCUUUCUGGCUUUUGCCCAAGUUUGGUGUUCUUCGGUGACGAAGGAGGCCACCAUGUUGCAAAUAGAGAAGGACCAACACUCUCCGGCCAAAUACAGGGUGAUAGGAUCGCUGUCGAACCUGAAGGAGUUCAGUGACGUGUUCCAGUGCAAGUCGGGGAGUCCCAUGAACCCCAAAGACAAGUGCGAGGUAUGGUAAAUGUGAUAAAUAGUUACAACUUUUGUAAGUACUUGAGUAAAUGUGUUGAAAGUAGCGAUUUAUUAUCGUUGUGAUGGUGCCAUUGAGUUUGUGAUGGAAGAAAAAGAUUUGUGAUGAAGGUAAGUAUGCUACCACGACCAUUUACAAGUUGGAAUCCGUGGGGUACCUGUACCAAAAUGUUCCUACGGGCGGGGUGGGACAAGGGGCUUUGUGGUUCUGAAAAUUCCAACUUUUUCGGUAAUAUGGAAAGAAAGGCUGUAAUAUUGAAGAAACGAGUGUUAGAAGAUACAUGUUUGUUCUAUAUGCAUAUCGUGGAAACGAUAGGUAGAGGUCAUUGUUAGGGGUCAUUGAUUUUAAGAAAUUUAGGUGUGAUAUUGUGUGAUGAGGACGCGGGGGUCACUUAGAAUUAACGUUGCUGUUCUUAAUUUUGUAAUUACAUAUAUUGCAGAGAGGCAAAAUCAAAAAAUGCAUCCAUUUUUGAUUUAAUUUAACUAACACGAUCCUGUGGCCUACGGUAGUUAGGCAGAAUAGUCAUUGUUGUUACUGUCACUUGAUACGUAAAGUAGGGUUCGAUUCCCGGCGAGGGCGUGACAGCGGCAACAUUUUUUUUAUCUUUAAUUUGGGGUUAUCUGAAGUGGUAAAAAUUAUUUCACUUCAAUGUAUUAAAAACCCCACAAAAAUUCUUCUAGUUUUUAAGUUAUUUUAGACUUUAUUAUCAUCAUCACAAGAUCCUUUUUAGUCCUCCUGUUUUUGCUUCUAAUACGUAUAAAAUUUUCAUAUUAAAAACGAUUCGACUCUGUGCUAUUUUUUUGUUUUAAAGUCUGCCCCCUGUUUUGAGUUAUCUGGUAACUUUGUUAUUAGAUAUCGAUAAAAUCGACGACUUCUAGAUGACCCCCUAAUGACGAUACAAAUAUUUAUAUUAUUAUAUGAUACAUUUUAUGUCUAGUCUAUUUUUAAACAAAAAAAAUAUAAGCUAGGAUAACAAUGUUCAUUUGUACCUUGUACUUAUCAGUGUAAUUAUUAUUGCAGUUAGUUAUUGUCUACAUGCUUAAUUACACAUUUGUCUACGAAAAUAGAAAAAAUACGUAUUGCUUAUUGGAAUUUUUUAAGAUUUCAUUUUAUAAAAAGGUAUUUAGUUACAUGAACAAACAAGAUGGUGAGGAUAUUUUUCAUCGCAAUUAUUUUUUUUCUGUACAAAUUUGGGACCCGUCGUUAAACAAUUUUUUUUAUUAUUACAUACCUAUUUACCCAAUUUGUACAAAAUAGUAAACAGUAAGUAGGUGCAUUUUUUUUUUAAUUUUCGUUUCAUUCUUUUCGUCUAUAUGUAGAAAUGUUGUUACGUAUUUUACAAGACUUUUAUCGUAUAAUAU